AUGCACCGAUACCGACAUUCAGCUGAGCAAAGACUUGCAGACAUUGACUACACACACCUGGCACAGCUAACUCAGCUAAAUGAAAGUAUCAGUUCUGAAGAGGCCCAUAAAAAAUUCAUGAAACUUUAUCAAGAAAUAUUCCUGCAACCUCAGACAUGUUUACCCAGAAUACAACUCAAGACUAGGAUCCAACCUCCAGUGAAGCUAAGAGUAUAUGAGUCCGUCCAAGAGGUCAGCAGACAUCAGCCACAUGGAAACCUGGCUCAGGAAUCACUCAUGAAUCAUGUGAUUAAAGCCCUUAAGAAAUUCCCUAUUGAGAGAUCCCAGUCAGAGCAUCAUAUCAUUUAUGAACUGCUGAAGGGAGUCCACAGUCUGACCUCGCAGCUGGGCUCGCAGGAGCUGAAACAGAUUAGUACCGUCACCACUGCCGAGACCUGGGACCGCGGACAGAUCAUUUUCGGACAUAAUGGAUUUUACCUCGUUCUGAAGGGCUCAGUGAAACCGUUCAACCAUGAAACCCUUAAAGAGGAUCAGACAGUCUCUACGGACAUCCUGGCACAGGAUCAUGAAGUUAAAGUGUCUUUGAUCCAGGGUUGCCAGCUGUACCUUCACUGGCCAAAACUUUCCAUCAACCACCUGGUCGAUGGCAUGCUGCUAAAAACAUUCCCUGCUAAUCAAGUACUGGUGAAGGAGGGAAAGAUCUGUCCAUUUGUGGCCUUCAUUGGACAUGGAGAAUGUAAUAUCCUUCAGGAUGUGGGAUCAUUGAUAAAACCUGUUGAAAAGAAGGGCUGCAGGAUCAGAUUUGUGAUGGUUGGUAAGCUGGGUCCAAAGCAGUCAUUUGGAGAGGUCAGCAUCCUACUGAACCAGCCAUCCCCUUAUACUGUAAUCACUGCCACUGAAGUUCAUGGUGGAAUCAUUCAACCAGAAUGCCUUAAAGGACUGGACUCAGUGACCACUUCUCUUAUACUGCAGACUGUGCAACCAAUGUGUGGAAAGCUCAGUGAGGAGGAAGUCUUGAAGGAGUUCCUGACACAGGAGAGGAUGAAGAAAUGGGAACAUGAGAAGAGGAAGAUACUUUCCGAUGCUCUGUUUUAUAAUGGCGUUCACCCAGGAAGAGGCAAAUGGACUUUUAACAGAGGACCAAGAGGAGUAAUUGUGAAAUCCAAGAAGACCAUAUGA